AUGUUUUGCUGUUUUCAAUGGCCGAAAACGGCGGAGAUCAAUACUCAAAAUGACGAAAAACAACCAAUUUUAAGGAGUGGCACCGCCACUAUAAACUAUCAAACAAUAUUCAGAAUUCCCUAUGCUCAUGUGCUUCGGGAUGAUAAAAUUGCAAUUGAAUCGUCUAAUAUAGUCGAUGCAAAUACUAGUAAUACUUAUUGGCUUUUCAACGACGUGAUACCCGAUCCAGCAUAUGAAAAAGCAUGUUUCGCAUUCGACGAUGUUAAUGUUUCAACUCCUGUUGUUAUCGCAACAAAAACUACGAAUGGACAUUUUCUCUUUGAACGUCUAUUUCAAAUUAAUCAUGUCAACGCUGUUAAUCCUUCUGGUGCAAUUCGAAUGCGUCCAACUAAUCAUACAAAAGCAAUGCCAUCCAAUACUGUUUCUAUGGCUCGACCAUUUGAUGAAUUUCUUGUAGAUGCAUCAGAAUCAAAUUCUUCUCUUGAUGUAAAAAGUAAUGGUGCAAGAACAAAAUCGGACAAAGACUAA